GUCGGGGCCCGACCAAGUUGGAAAGAACAAAAAAGAAGGCAAUAAAUACUAAAGGGGAGGGGGGAAGAGAGAGAGGGAGCCACACCGAGCGGCAACUCCCAGCCCGGGCUGCAAGAGAGGGAGGAGGGAACCGGAGAGAGCGGGCGCGCGCGAGGGCGAGCUGUGCACGGGAAGAAACUGACACCCGGACCCCCCACUUCUCCUGCACGGUGCUGGCAAUCAGAUCGCGUUUAAGCAAUUUCCUGAGCCCAAGAAUAGCAAUGAGUCGGGAGACUUUCGCGGACUGAAAUUGGGAGCUGCAAUCACUCCCCAGGUUUUGUGUGUGGUGUUUUUGUGUGUGGUUUUUUUCCCCCUUUCUUUUUCUGGAGAAAGUUGGAGGGGGGCGCUACAAUUGGGAAACAGCUUUUUUGUUUGUUUGUUUUGUUAAUCUUGCACUUUGAAACCGCGGACUGUAGCAGUGUGCGCGCUUGCGGUUGGUGCUUUUUUUUUUUUUUUUUUUAAACGUCCCUGGCCUUGCCUAAACUCUUCUGACGGUCUGUAAACAUUACCUGUGAAUUUCCCAGCCGAAACGGCUGUUGGGGCAAGAAACUUCUUGUUAAAACUUCCCACCCGUGUACUCUCCACCGCCCCUCUUACCGUCCCAAUCUUCUGAGACGCUUUUUACCUCUCCGCCAGAGCAGAGUUUAUCUUUUUUUUCUUUUUCUUUUUUUUUUCUUUUUCCUCCCAUUUUUCCUCGCCCUGUCCUUUACAUCUGAAAGGAGAUCAGUUCAAGAGUGACCAGGUGGGACGCCUCCUUUUCCUUAUUUAGUUUAUUAUUGUUUGGGGAAAUUUUCUUUCUAUCUUUUUUUAAUUCCUGUCCGGGGAGUUUUGUCCACCGCCUCCUACCACCUCCCCCUGUACCCGGCUCCGCCGCGCGGAGGAUGGUGUGGAAAUGGCUGGGCGCGCUGGUAGUGUUCCCUCUGCAAAUGAUCUAUUUGGUAACCAAAGCAGCCGUGGGACUGGUGUUGCCCCCCAAGCUUCGGGACUUGUCGCGGGAGUCAGUCCUCAUCACCGGCGGUGGGAGAGGCAUCGGACGCCACCUCGCUCGGGAGUUCGCAGAGCGUGGCGCCAGAAAGAUUGUUCUCUGGGGGCGGACUGAAAAAUGCCUCAAGGAGACGACAGAGGAGAUUCGGCAGAUGGGCACAGAGUGCCACUACUUCAUCUGUGACGUGGGCAACCGGGAAGAGGUGUACCAGAUGGCCAAAGCUGUCCGAGAGAAGACACAGCUGGUAUGGCACCAGCGCCAUUUAUAAGCAAGACUGAUGCUCAGAAAGGCCAUGUGGCUGGUGGUUGCGGAGCCUGGUCUGUGCCUCUCCAGGUACAGCCCACAGGGACUGGCUGCCCUCACGGCUCCACAGCCCCCUCUUGCCCACAGGUGGGUGACAUCACCAUCCUGGUGAACAAUGCCGCUGUGGUCCAUGGAAAAAGCUUGAUGGACAGUGAUGAUGAUGCCCUCCUCAAGUCCCAGCAUGUCAACACCCUGGGCCAAUUCUGGACCACCAAGGCCUUUUUGCCACGUAUGCUGGAACUCCAGAACGGCCAUAUUGUGUGCCUCAAUUCCGUGCUUGCACUGUCAGCCAUCCCUGGUGCCAUCGACUACUGCACGUCAAAAGCGUCAGCCUUCGCCUUCAUGGAGAGCCUGACCUUGGGGCUGUUGGACUGUCCUGGUGUCAGCGCCACCACCGUUCUGCCCUUUCACACCAGCACCGAGAUGUUCCAGGGCAUGAGAGUCAGGUUUCCCAACCUCUUCCCGCCACUGAAGCCAGAGACAGUAGCCCGGAGGACGGUAGAUGCUGUUCAACAAAACCAGGCCCUUCUCUUGCUCCCGUGGACCAUGAAUAUCCUCAUUAUCUUGAAAAGCAUACUCCCACAAGCUGCACUGGAGGAGAUUCACAGGUUCUCGGGGACUUACACCUGUAUGAACACCUUUAAGGGGAGGACAUAGAGGCAGGAGGAAGACACACCUGAGGAGCUAUGGAGCCUGAGGGGGAGCCACAGCAGCCGGGCACACACCCCUGUGCCUGUGCAUUAGCACAUCUGCUGGGUGAGCAGGACUGUUCUUGUCCCCAGGGAAGACUUUGCAGCUCCCCAGGUCAACUCCAGGACCUUUGUGCAGGACUGAUGGGUUUAACUCUGACCCCCAUGGGGAGGCAAGAAGCCGGCAGCCACCCAACAACUUUGUACAUUUCUCAUUCUGUAGGGUUUGUCAUGAAAUUGCUUCUCCAGUCUAACCCGCCUGAGCAAUGUGCAUCUACUAUUUCCAGGAGAGUCUGCUCCCAGACACUCUGCCUUUCCUUCCAAAACCCUCUCACUCCCAGCUCGUGCAAACUGGUUACACAGCAGAAACGCAAAAUAAAGAGGUGGCUUUCGCA